CUACCAUCCUACUACUGUCAUUGGUCUAUGUACUAACUUCAAAAUAAGAUUUUAUCGAAGUAUAAUAACCAACUUUUAAACAGUUAGAAGAAACAGCAACAAAAUAGUUUCAGUUCUUAAAUUAAUAAUAAGAAUAUAAUCUUCUUAUCGCUACUUCUAUUAAGUAAUAUAACUCUUCAAUUUCACCAAAAUAAUGGCCUAUAACCCAGGUUAUAAUCAACCACGUUAUGGAGGGCAAGCUGGUCAACUGGAGAUGGGCCAUGGACCAUAUCCUUCUAUAGGUGCGGGAGGGACAGUAUCACCUCAAGUUCAGCAAUGGUUCAACGCUGUCGACAAAGACCGAUCCGGAUUCAUUACAGCGGUAGAAUUGAAAUCAGCUCUUGUUAACGCUCAAGGGAAAAAUUUCUCGGACACUGCGUGUAACUUAAUGAUUGGUAUGUUUGAUAAAGAUCGUUCAGGCCAUAUAAAUCUGGAAGAAUUUGAUAAGUUAUAUACUUACAUUAACCAAUGGCUAGCGGUAUUCAAAACUUAUGAUAGAGAUCAAUCUGGCAAUAUUGAUGAACAAGAAUUAUCCCAAGCUUUGAUGCAAAUGGGAUUUAGAUUCAGCCAAGAGUUCGUCAACUUUUUAGUCAAAAGAUGCGACCCUACAGAAGGGAAAAUAUCAGUGGAUAACUUCAUAGUUCUCUGUGUACAACUACAACGUUUUACUGAAGCUUUCAGAGCGAGGGACACUCAGCAAAAUGGAACUGUGACCAUUGGAUUUGAAGAUUUUCUUCAAGUAGCUCUAAGCUGUUCUAUAUAAUAAUAAAAUAAUAGUUAGUCUGUCUGACACUCGCGUUUGUGUAACUUAAUUGUGUGUAGAAAACGUUUUCGUUACGACUUUACCUCAUUCGAUUUCGUGCAGUAGAUUUUGAGUUGUCGAAAAAAUAGACGGACAGACAGAACUCUAAAUAUUGUAUUUUUCGCUUCAACUGCUGUCAAGAAAACUAGAGAGAUAAUUAGUUUUUGCUAAACAUUUCUCAUGCACAUAAUUAUUGUAUUUUAAUUAUUUUGACAUAAAAAUGAAUGUAGCUUGGUAACUGCAAACAUCAGUAUGAUUGCAAAAAUGCAUCCACAAAAUAUUUUAUUAAAAUAAAAAUUAUAUAUUUACAA